AUGGGCAAGACAGAGAAACUUAGAAAAUAUCGGCAAUGUUGGGAAUCAGAGAACUGGGCUAAAGGAUGGUUAAAAGAAGCUGAUGCAGAUGCAAAUAAAAUUGGUGAAGCAUUUUACGGCGCCGUUCAACCCGGGAGUCUACCAAUCGUCAACCGUUCCGUGCACUCCACGUCGUCCGCACAACCGAAGCCAACAAUCAUGUCGAACAAAAAGAAUAAAAAGCAGAAGUGGAUAUCAAUAGAAACAGAAGUUAUUUCAAUUGCUAGUGGAACAUGCUGGGCAGAUGAAGCAGAAAAAGAACAUAAUGGAAAACAUGGAUUUGCUGGCUUUGGAUUCGAACCUAAGCCAUUAAACCUUCCUAAAGCACCAAGAGCAGCAUGUGAAUCUAUUAUAGAUGAAAGCACUGUGCCUCAAGAAGGUCCAUUCUUGGUUCAUAUGUCAAAUUUGCAGUUUGAAAUUGAUGAAGAUGAUAUCACAAAUUAUUUUAAAGGACUCAAGAUAAACAACAUAAAAUUACCACGCAAUGACAAUGGUCGUAAUAAAGGAUUUGGAUAUGUGGAGUUUGAAGAACGUAAAGAACUUAUUACUGCACUUGGAAUGGAAAAUUUGAUUCGUGGACGUCGUGUACGAGUAGAACUUGCCAGUGGAAUGCAAGAUUCUAGAAACGCUUUUCAAAGAGGCAGUCGCAUGGGUAUGGAUUUUCCUGGUGGUGAUGAACCUGGUGAUUGGCGAUCGACUAACCGAACUUCAACUACAACUGAUGACAGAGGAGGAUUUACUAGGCGACGAGAUGGAGGUGCUUUUGAUAAAGACCACGAUAGUGAACGAGAUAAUGGUCCUUGGAGAAGUGCCAGGUGUAAUGUUGAUGAUGAUGUGGCACGUAAACCGUUUAGUGGUCGUUUUGAUGAUUCUGAAAGCGGAAGAAGACCUUUUAGUGAUCGGCGAAGUGAUGACUCCGAGGGCGGAAGAAGACCUUUUGGUGAUCGUCGAGGAGAUGAUUCUGAAGGUGGUAGAAGACCAUUUGGUGAUCGCCGAAGUGAUGACUCUGAGAGCGGUAGAAGACCAUUUGGUGAUCGUCGAGGAGAUGACUCUGAUAGUGGUAGAAGACCUUUUGGUGAUCGUCGUUAUGAUGAUUCUGACAGCGGAAGAAGACCUUUUGGUGAGCGCCGUGAUGAUGUCGAGGGUGGGAGAAAACCAUUUGGUGAAUCUAGAAGAGGAUUUGGUUUCAAUAAACGAGAUGAUGAAUUACCUGAAAUUGCUGGAGAUAAUACUUCAGCGCCUCAAGAACGUCCAAAGCUCAUACUCAAACCAAAGACUGUUGAUCCUGAUGCACCUAAGACUGAAGCACCUAGCUAUGUAGCUGCACCAUCUAUAUUUGGUGGAGCUAAACCUGUAGACACAGCAGCUAAAGAAAGGGAAAUUGAAGAGAAACUUUUAGCCAAAAAUGAAUCCAAACCUCAAUCAGAAUUACCUAAACCUCAAUCAGAACUUUCUGGUGCUUCUUCGGAAACUAGUUUAAAUGAGACUUCUGAUAAUAAGUGUCAAGAAGAAACAGAAGUCAAGCCACCACCUCAGCCUAAAUCAGUUGAAACAUGGAGGCGCAGGAGCCCACGUCGACAAAGUGAUGAUGAUCGUAUACCUCGGCGAAGAGUUUCUCCUGAACGUAACCCUAGAUAUGAAGAAGCUCCACUUCCACGAGAAAAUGCUUGGGAGAAACAUUCUCUAAUUAAAGAAUCCUUGUCUUCCGAAGAAACUGGGUGCAAUGGAACCCCGUCAAUAGUGGAAGAUGAAAAACCGAGACCAAACGUUUACAUUCCACCAAAUCUUCGUAAAAAAACUCCUUUAGGUGAAGAAACUGUAGUAAUAGGUACAGAAGAAUCUGAACCUAUUAGAGAUGAAACUGUCCCUGAUUUAGAUAAAAAUAUUCCCGAUAGAGCAGCUGAUGGGUCAGAAAUUAUUGAACCCAUAGUUGUAGAAGCACCAAUUGAUGUCAGAACUGACCCUGAUGGGCAAUCUAGUGAACCUGAUGUAGUGAAAGAUCAACCAGUUACCGAAGAAGAUACAAAUGAUUCUGGAUUUAUUGAAUGUGGAAAAAAUAGUUCUGAUAAAUAUAAAUCAAAAAAGAAGCCUAAAGUCAUAAAAAAAUUACCAGAAAUAGAAGUUAAAAAGAAAGAUCCUGUUAUAACCAAGGAGCUAAAGAAAUCUACUAGUAAUAAAUUUGCUGCACUUCUUGAUGAUGGUUCCAAUGAAUAG